AUGGCGGAACCUAUACCCUCAGCAUCAAAUGCGGCCGAUGCAGGCGACGAUGAGACCACUCAAGACCUCCCAGCCAACGCCGAGGACCGCAAAGCCGCUGCGGCAUUAAAUUCAUUAAAUGCAAAUGGCAUGUCUCAGGAGAAUGGGGAGAUGGCAAACAAACAACCCUCGGCUGCAGAUCAAGAAGCCCUAGGGAAAGCCAUGUCGAGAUUGGAGAUUGCAAGCGGCGUUAGCAAAAAGAAGGACGACCCGAAGAAAGCAGAUGCAAAGAAAGAGGUAGAGGUGAAGAAAAAGAUCAAAAUUGCUGCGGAAGACGUGGCUUUCUUGGUCGAGGAACUUGAGCUCUCAAAGGUCAAGGCAACGGACCUACUACGACAACACGACGGAAAUGCCACGCAGGCUAUCAAAGCCCACAUUGCCCCAGCUGUGCGAGCAUAA